AUGCCCAAGCAGCUGUUCAAUUACGAUUUUCGGAAUCGGGAUGAGUCAAACCGACGGUGGCACAACACGUCCGUGUUCGGCUCUCGGGUGGACUUUGUGCCCGGCCGGCGGCCCGCCGUGCUCACCCUGAGGGACCUCGGUCCCGCCGACCAGGCCAUCUACAAGUGCAGGGUCGACUUCCAGCACUCGCGCACCCGGAACGCCCUGGUCAACCUGACCGUUAUCACGGCUCCCGAGUAUGUGCGGAUCGUGAACCCUCGGGGACGCAUUCUUCACACGGUGGCCGGUCCGUUCAGCGAGGGAGAUCGUCUGGAGCUGAUCUGCCGCGUCAAGGGAGGCUCGCCGCGUCCGGCGGUGACCUGGAGGUCCGGUGGCGCGGUGCUACCGGUACCGUACCAGCCUCAGGGCGAGUACACGGUCAGCCAGUACAGCGUGGAGGCGCUGGACAGAUCGGACCUCCACCGGAUGGUCACCUGUCUGGCGUCCAACACCAACCUGACGGCGCCGGCCACCAGCUCCGUCAUGAUCGACAUGAACUUCGCGCCGCUGAGCGUGUCCAUCCUGGGCAAGGGCGAGCCGCUGUCGGCCGGUCGUCGCUACCCGCUCGUGUGUCAGUGUGUCGGCUCCCGGCCUCCGGCCGCCAUCACCUGGUUCCUGGGCAGCUCACGGAUGGCCACCGCCCCCGGCACGACAAUUCACCAGGGCAACAUCACCAUGUCGACGCUGGAGCUGACGCCGUCUCCGUCCCACAACGGCCAGCAGCUCUCCUGCCGAUGUGACAACCCGGUCCUAGCCACCCCGGCACUGCGCGACUCCUGGACACUGGCAGUGCAUUAUGCUCCGGUGGUCAGUCUGACACUGGGCAGCUCUCUGGACCAGGACAGGAUCAAGGAAGGCGACGAUGUGUACUUCGAAUGCAGCAUCAGGGCCAACCCGCCCGUGUACAAAACCGAGUGGAGGCACAAUAACCGAGUCCUGCUGCACAGCGUGAGGGACAACAUCAUCAUCAGCAACUACAGCUUGGUGCUGCAGGACGUCAAGCGCUUCAGCUCCGGCGUCUACCUGUGCGUCGGCAGCAACGCUGAAGGCAGCGUGGACAGCAAUCCCGUGUUCCUUGACGUCAAAUUCCCUCCCGUCUGCCAGCAAGGUCUUCAACACAUUCACGGCGUCAGCAAGCGCGAGACGGCCUACGUGCAGUGCAGCGUCACGGCCAACCCUUCCGCCGGCGUGAGCUUCCACUGGACGUUCAACAACACGUCUGAGUGGCGGGAGCUGGACAGCCGCCUGGUGAACAGCAGUCAGACGCGCAGCACGCUCCGCUACCGGCCGCGCACCGAGAUGGACUACGGCACCGUCUUCUGCUGGGCCACCAACGACAUCGGACGCAUGGCCAGGCCCUGCGUCUUCCACAUCAUCGCAGCAGGUCCUCCGGACCCACUCUUCAACUGCAGCCUCACUCAGCGGACGGCUACCGCUGUGACCGUCCGGUGCCUGGAGGCCUUCGACGGCGGUCUCGUGCAGCGUUUUCUGCUGGCCGUCUUCAGCUAUGACGACCAGAUUCUCGGCUACAUCUGA